AUGUUUGACAUAAAGGCUUGGGCUGAGUGUGCUGUGGAAUGGGUUGCAAAGGACCCGUAUGGCUUCCUUACAACAGUUAUUUUGGCCCUCACUCCACUGUUCCUAGCAAGUGCUGUACUGUCCUGGAAAUUGACCAAGACGAUUGAAGCCAGGGAGAAGGAACAAAAGAAGAAACAAAAACGUCAAGAAAAUAUUGCAAAAGCUAAACGACUUAAAAAGGAUUGA